AUGAAGAAGGUGGCCAAAGCUGAAUUUAUGUCGAACAAAGUCUAUCCGUCCGUAAGUGAAGCGCUAAGCAUUUUCAACGCAGAUCCGCUCAUCGCCGAGCCGGGAAAGACUUAUUCGUACACGACGCAUGGUUUCACUCUGGUGAGCGCAAUACUGGAGGCGGCUAGCGGAAAGAAGUACCCCGAUUUGGCGGCUGCCCUAUUCCGGCAGCUUGGCAUGAGUUUCACAUCGCUAGACCAAAAUCCCAAAAUAGUUCCUAAUCGCACAAGAUAUUACGUGCGUAAUCAGAGGCAUGAGCUCGAAAAUUGCGCCGAGGUAGACAAUUCCUGCAAAUGGGCUGGCGGAGGAAUCCAGAGCACCGUCGGUGAUCUGCUGAAACUGGCAAACGGAUGGCUCUACGGAUAUCAGAGGCCGAAGAGGGAUGGGUUGGCCGAGGCGCUUCUACCAAAGGAAAUAAUCGAAGAAUUUUGGAAGGGAGAGAUAGCCUCCGCUAAAAAGGCCGACUAUUUCCAGGCUGGGCUGGGCUGGUUUAGAGUGAAUGGACCUGCGGCAGUGGGUGGUCUAAGGCAAGCUUUAUCUAUGUUCCUAAAGAAAAGUACAGAAGCAAUCCGACUUUCUGACGAGCAACCACGAGGGCUGUGCAUUGCCAUUCUAUGCAAUUUGCAAGAGGUCGACCUGUACCCGCUGGCCACAGAGAUCAAGGCAUUGUAUUCGGAAUACUCUGAACAGAUUAAAGCUAAACUG